AUGAGUCACGAGAGUACAGAACUGUUUAUGAUGAUAGAUUCAAUGGGGAAAACAUUAAAUAAUAAGUUAAAAAGAAAAUUUGUUCUUAUUGACAUUGAUAGUUCAGAUGAUGAAUUCGAUUAUGCAUUUAUUAACCGUUUACGGGGCAAUAGAGUAAAACCUUUUAGAGUGCAAGAUUUUAUCUCUCAGACAAUACCAAAUUUCACACAUAAAUAA